GUUUUGAUUCAAAUGGAAGUGUAGCAAAGAAGAUAAAGCAUAGGAAGUAACCAAAUAUUUGAAAUUCCAAUUUUCAACUUUGUCCCCUCCCUUUCCAACAGGUUAGGCCUAGCUCUUUAUUCCCCUGACCUCCUCUGCUACCCAAUCACAGUUUUUUCCUCUCUUUCAUAAUUUCAUUGCAUUCCUCAUCAAUAGCCACAAGGAUAAUAGUUGUUCAAUUAAUCCAUUUUUCUUCAACAGUGUAAAUUAGAAAUUGUCGUGUUCACAUUAUUUUGGUUGUGAGAGAGAAGAGAGAGCGAAAUUCACAAGAGAAAGAGGAAGAUGGUGUUGAGGAAAGUGGGGAAGUAUGAGAUUGGAAGGACAGUUGGAGAAGGAACCUUUGCGAAGGUAAAGUUCGCUCAGAAUACGGAAACUGGUGAGAGUGUUGCAAUGAAGGUGCUCGACCGUAGCACCAUUAUCAAGCACAAAAUGGUCGAUCAGAUCAAGAGGGAAAUUUCUAUUAUGAAGCUAGUCAGGCAUCCAUACGUUGUUCGUCUGUAUGAGGUUCUAGCUAGCCGUACUAAGAUUUAUAUCAUAUUGGAGUUUAUUACAGGUGGUGAAUUGUUUGAUAAAAUUGUAAGCCAUGGGCGUCUCAGCGAAGUUGACUGUAGAAGAUACUUCCAACAGCUUAUUGAUGGUGUAGAUUAUUGCCACAGUAAGGGUGUUUAUCAUAGAGAUUUAAAGCCUGAAAAUCUUUUACUUGAUUCACAAGGAAAUAUUAAAAUUUCUGAUUUUGGUUUGAGUGCAUUUCCAGAACAGGGGGUCAGUAUGCUUCGGACAACUUGUGGGACUCCUAAUUAUGUAGCUCCCGAGGUACUCAGUCACAAGGGUUAUAAUGGUGCUCCAGCAGAUGUUUGGUCCUGUGGAGUUAUCCUCUAUGUUCUAUUGGCUGGAUAUCUUCCCUUUGACGAACUUGAUCUAACGACGUUGUACAGUAAGAUUGAGAAAGCACAGUUUUCAUGUCCUACUUGGUUUCCGGUCGGAGCAAAGUCUUUAUUGCACAGAAUUUUGGACCCAAACCCUGAAAAUCGUAUAACCAUUCAGCAGAUAAGGAAUGAUGAGUGGUUUCAAAAGGAAUAUGUUCCAGUCAGUCUCCUCGAGUAUGAAGAUGUAAAUCUGGACGAUGUAAAUGCUGCAUUUGACAAUGUUGAGGAUCAGAUCACUAAUCAGCAAUGUGAGAAUGACGACAUGGGUCCUCUAACUCUUAAUGCAUUCGACAUGAUCAUUUUAUCUCAAGGCUUAAACCUUGCAACCUUAUUUGAUCGCGGAGAGGACUCUGUUAAAUACGUAACACGCUUCAUCAGUCAAAAGCCACCAAAAGUGGUUUUAUCGAGUAUGGAAGUUGUGGCACAAUCAAUGGGGUUUAAGACGCAUAUUCGCAACUACAAGAUGAGAAUAGAGGGUAUUCCAGCAAACAAGGCUUCUUAUUUCUCCGUUAUACUAGAAGUUUUUGAAAUUGCUCCUACUUUCUUCAUGGUGAACAUCCAGAAAGCAGCUGGAGAUUCCAAUGAAUAUCUCAAGUUCUACAAGAACUUUUCUAACAAUCUUGAGGAUAUCAUGUGGAAACCAUCCCAUGAGAAAAGCAAAUUAAGGAACUCCAAGACUAAUUGCAAAGAGCAGUAGUUCCCGUAACCUGCUGUAUCAUAUACUAUGAUUGAAAAUUGGAGAAAAACCAAAAAGACAACAUGGUUUUGAAGAGCGCCUGAGCCUUGCACGUCUUCGAGGUUAAAAAGCCAACUCUGCUAAGCCCCCUCUUUAGUAUCUAUCCCUAUAGAGAUAUAUAGCCAAUAGAAAAUAGGAAUCAGGUAUAAAAAACUACAUCUAGAAUUUUAUAAUGUUAAUAUUUGUAAAUCUCUUUUUAUCUCUCGUUUGUUGGCCCUGCCAUUACAUUGUAAUAUGUUCGUAUAGGGAAAAGAGUGCUAGAGAUGAUUGAAUUGUAAUAAUCUUCUUUUCAAUUUCAGUUACCACUGUUUUAAGUA